GUGGAGCUGGACUCAAAGUUCCAGAAUCAGACUUGUGGGCUGUGUGGAGACUUCAAUGGAGUCCAGAUUUACGACGAGUUCAUUAGUCAUGGUGAUCAUCUGAAGACAAUCGACUAUGGUGAUAUUUGGAAGAUGAAUGGCCCAACAGAGACCUGUACAGAAAUCCCUGGUCACACUGAACAGUGUGAAGAACAGACCGAACUUUGUGAGCAGCUUCUCACCAGUCUUGCCUUCAGUAGCUGUAAGGACCUGAUUGCCACAGACUCCUUCAUCAAGGCCUGUGCAGAAGACAUGUGUCACUGUGGCAACAGCAGCAGCAGUUCCUGCGCCUGCCCCACCAUGUCAGAGUACUCCCGCCAGUGUGCUCACGCAGGGGGGAAACCCCAAGAGUGGAAGACCGACCAGUUCUGCAUGAAGACGUGUCCUCUAAGCAUGCAGUACCAGGAGUGUGGUAGUCCCUGCACUGAUACCUGCUCCAACCCAAAGAGGAACCAGCAUUGUGAGGAACACUGCACCGACGGAUGCUUCUGCCCUGCUGGAACCGUGUUUGAUGACAUCACUCAGACUGGCUGUGUAGCUGUGAACCAGUGCUCUUGUCUCCACAACGGACAAACUUACCAGCCUGGACAAUCAUUCUCAAGAACAUGCCAUGAAUGUACCUGUAUCCAAGGCCAGUGGAGUUGUGUGGAUCUAGAUUGCCCAGCUACCUGCUCCAUAGUGGGAGGUUCCCACAUCACCACCUACGAUGGGAAAGCCUACACCUUCCAUGGAGACUGCUCAUAUGUCCUGUCCAAGCAAACCAACAAGACUGCUUUCACAGUCCUGGGUGACAUAGUGAAAUGUGGGAAGACGGACGUUGAGACCUGCCUAAGAUCUGUAACCCUGGUGACUCCAGAGUCCAUGAUUAUCGUCAUCGAGGCCAGUGGAAAGGUCUUUGUCAACAAGAUGUUUUCUCAGUUGCCGCUUUUCAUGGCGGAUGUAAAGAUCUUUCAGCCCUCUACGUUCUACAUCGUCGUGCAUACCUCUUAUGGGCUCCGACUAGAGGUGCAGAUAACACCUAUAAUGCAGGUCUACAUCGUAGCUAGCAGUUCACACAAAGAAAAAACCCAGGGUCUUUGCGGAGACUUUAACAGCAUCCAAGCUGAUGACUUCAGAACCAUCAAUGGACUCGUGGAAGGAACCGCUGAAUCAUUUGCCAACACGUGGAAGACCAAAGCAAGCUGUCCUGAUGUGGCACAGAGCUUUGAGAUCCCAUGCAGUCUGAGUGUAGAGAACGAGAGAUAUGCCAAGCACUGGUGCUCGAUGCUGUCAGAUCGUGCAGGAAUAUUUUCCCAAUGCCACACUGAGAUCAACCCAAAUUACUACAAGGAAAUCUGCCUAUAUGACAGCUGUAACUGUGAGAGGAGUGAGGAGUGCAUGUGUGCUGCGGUCUCCUCCUACGUCCAUGCAUGUGCUGCUGCAGGCGUCCUGCUCAGUGGAUGGAGAAACACCACCUGUGGGAAGUACUCCUCUAGCUGCCCUGACACGAUGGUCUAUGACUACACCAUGACCAGCUGUGACCGCACCUGUCAUUCACUGAGCCAGCCAGACUUUACCUGCCAGUUAGACCAUGUGUCUGUGGACGGCUGUGGCUGUGCCGAGGGAACCUACCUGAACGACCAGGGAGAGUGUGUCCCUGCCUCACGCUGCUCCUGCUACCAUGGAGGCACAGUAGUACCCCCUGGAGAGGUCACCAGUAUCUAUGGGGUUACUUGCUCUUGCAGACAAGGGAAAUUAAGCUGUGCUGGAGAACCAAAACAUUUAUCCUGUGAAGAACCAAUGGGUUUCUUCAACUGUUCAAGUGCAGGGCCCGGAGCCCAGGGCUCAGAGUGUCAGAAGAGCUGUCAAACACUAGACAGUCACUGUAUCAGUGCAGAGUGUGUGUCGGGCUGUGUAUGUCCUGAUGAUCUGCUGUCUGAUGGAAACGGAGGAUGCAUCAAGGAAGACCUAUGUCCCUGUUCUCACAAUGGAGUCUUCUACCAACCUGGACAUGUGCUCAAAGUAGACUGCAAUACCUGCACUUGCGAAGGCAGAAAAUGGCAGUGUACCAAUAAGGAGUGUGAUGGGAUGUGUGCCAUAUAUGGAGAUGGGCAUUUCAUCACUUUUGAUGAGGAAAGGUUCACUUUCAAUGGAGAUUGUGAAUACACUCUUACUCAGGACUACUGCAGCAACAAUGCAAACGGUACCUUCAGAGUGAUCACAGAGAACAUUCCCUGUGGAACCACUGGCACCACCUGUUCCAAGGCCAUCAAGCUCUUCUUGGGGAGCAAUGAGAUCAUACUAGCAGAUGAAUCUGUAAAAGUGAUCAAACAAGAGAACGGGGUAGACGUGCCAUACCAGGUCCACUCUAUCGGUCUCUAUGUUGUUGUUGAGGCUGAAAAUGGCCUGAUCCUCAUGUGGGAUAAGAAGAAUAGCCUGUUCAUCAAACUCAGCUCUACCUUCCAGGGCCAAGUGUGUGGUCUGUGUGGAAACUAUGACGGUAAUGGAAAGAACGACUUCACGUCCAGAAACCAGGAAGUGGUGGUUGAAGCUCUGGAGUUUGGAAACAGCUGGAAAGUGUCACCCAGUUGCCCCAACGCUGAUGUCAUAAAAAACCCAUGCACUUUAAGAUCAUACAGGCAGUCCUGGUCUCUCAAACGCUGCAGCAUCAUCACCAGUAAGGUUUUCUCAGCCUGCCACUCACAGGUGGACCCCACGCCAUUCCAUGAUGCCUGUGUGAGGGACUCGUGUGCCUGUGACACUGGGGGAGACUGCGAGUGUUUCUGUACAGCUGUAGCAGCCUACGCCCAGGCCUGUAACGAGGCAGGGGCUUGUAUCAAGUGGAGAACACCAGAUAUCUGCCCUCUGUUCUGUGAUUUCUACAACCCUAUUGGUGAGUGUGAGUGGCAUUAUAAUCCAUGUGGAUAUCCCUGUAUGAAGACCUGCAAGAAUCCCUCAGGAACAUGCUCCAGUCAGAUCCCUGCGCUGGAAGGUUGCUAUCCAAAAUGUCCUUCGGCCAAGCCUUAUUUGGAAGAAAGUACCAUGAAGUGUGUCAGUAAGGAGUACUGUGGUUGCUACGAUGGAGAUGGAACUCAUUACAACGAGAGAGAGGUUAUACCUUCCAAGGAGAACUGUCAGAAAUGUCGUUGCUCAUCAACUGAGGUCAGAUGCAGCUAUGAUGUCCAAGCUUGCUAUUGUUUAUACGGCGGCAGAACAUACCCGUAUGGAGCGACCAUAUAUCACAUACCUGACGGUGAUGAGAGAUGCAUUACUGCCACCUGCAAAGAGAACGGAACCAUUGUCCGGAUUAUAAAUCCCUGUCCCAGCACCACAACUCCUACAACUACACCAAGUGUUACAACAACACAGAUAUCCACUCAAGCACCGACCACAACAGUAUUUGUUUUCUCAACUCCUACCACUACCCCAACCACAACUCCUACCACUACCCCCACAACAACCCCUACCACCUACACAACCCCUACCACUACCCCCACAACAACCCCUACCACUACCCCCACAACAACCCCUACCACCUACACAACCCCUACCACUACCCCCACAACAACCCCUACCACUACCCCAACAACAACCCCUACCAAUACCCCCGCAACAACCACUACCCCCACAACAACCACUACUUCACCAACAACCACUUCACCCACUACUACUCCACACUGCCUGAUCAAGACUGUCUGUGAUUGGUCAGGCUGGAUUGACAGUUACUAUCCUACUAUAGAAACAGGAGGAGAUUAUGAAACCAUAGAAAAUAUAAGGAAAUCUGUUAAAAAUAUUUGUAGCCAACCUAAGGAAGUAGAAUGCAGAGCCAUAGGCUUCAUCGAUGUUCCUUUGGCCGAACUAGGUCAAGAUGUUAAAUGCAAUCCCUCAGUUGGACUGAUAUGCCACAACAAGGAUCAAGGCAUCCCACCAAUAUGCUACAACUACGAGAUCAGAGUCAGAUGUUGUGUUGAUGUUUGUAGCAAUGAGACAACUACCACCUCAGAAAGGCCCACAACAACCAUUACAACAUCAACAACUAUCCCAACAACAACAACAACAACAACAACAACAACAAGAACAACAACUACCCCAACAACAACAACAACAACAACAACAACAACAACAGAAGGUCCAACAACAACACCAGAAAGUCCAUCAACCACAACUAAGUCAACAACUUCAUCCAACAACAACAACAGAAAAAUCAACAACACCUACCACCACUACCCCCACAACAACAACCACCACCACAGGAAGUCCAUCAACCACAGCUGGAUUAGCAAAUACUAUCCCUCUGUUGGACCAGAAGGAGGAGAUUAUGAAACCAUAGAAAAUAUAAGGAAAUCUGGUAUUGAUAUUUGUAGCCAACCUAAGGAAGUAGAAUGCAGAGCCAAAGACAUCGAUGCUUCUUUGGCCGAACUAGGUCAAAAUGUUAAAUGCAAUCCCUCAGUUGGACUGAUAUGCCACAACAAGGAUCAAGGCAUCCCACCAAUAUGCUACAACUACGAGAUCAGAGUCAGAUGUUGUGCUGAUGUUUGUAGCAAUGAGACAACUACCACCUCAGAAAGGCCCACAACAACCAUUACAACAUCAACAACUAUCCCAACAACAACAACAACAACAACAGAAAGUCCAACAACAACAACUACCCCAACAACAACAACAACAACAACAACAACAACAGAAGGUCCAACACCACAACCCUAUCAUUACCCCAACAACAACCCCUAUCAUUACCCCAGCCACAACCCCUACCUUUACCCCAACAACAACCCCUAUCAUUACCCCAACAACAACCCCUAUCAUUACCCCAACAACAACCCCUAUCAUUACCCCAGCCACAACCCCUACCUUUACCCCAACAACAACCCCUAUCAUUACCCCAACAACAACUCAUUUCACUACCCCAGCCACAACCCCUACCUUUACCCCAGCCACAACCCCUACCAUUACCCCAACAACAACCCCUAUCAUUACCCCAGCCACAACCCCUACCUUUACCCCAGCCACAACCCCUACCAUUACCCCAACAACAACCCCUAUCAUUACCCCAGCCACAACCCCUACCUUUACCCCAGCCACAACCCCUACCUUUACCCCAGUUCCUUGAUAUAUAAUGAGACUGACGGGGCAGGCUGGUGUUUCACCUCCUAUUGUAACUCAAGUUGUAUUGUUGAGAAACAAGCCAGACCAUGUCCCUCUACGACCCCAGCUACAGUCAGCACUGUCUCAACUACAGUCAGCACUGUCUCAGCAACAACAGAAGCUACACAUUCUACACCAUCUACAUUGUCCCCGACUACACCUUACAUGGGCUGUGAAUAUGCCAUUCCACCAAGAAAGGAUGGAGAGACUUGGAAGACAGACAACCGCACUACUCAAACUUGCCACAGCGGUGUAAUUACCACAACGUAUGUGGUCUGUGAGUCUGCAGAAAAGCCUGUGUGUGAAAAUGGAUUCCCACCAGCUAAAGUCUAUGACGAAUCAGGUUGCUGCUAUCACUACGAAUGUGAAUGUAUAUGCUAUGGAUGGGGAGACCCUCACUACGUCACAUUUGAUGGCCAGUAUUACAGUUUCCAGGAAAACUGCACCUACGUUUUGAUGAAAGAAAUAGUUCCUCGACAGAACUUCAGUGUCAACAUCGACAACUAUAACUGCGAUCCGUCUGGACAUGCGACCUGCCCUCAGUCUCUGAUUGUCUAUUACAAGUCCUAUAAAAUUGUUCUUACUCCGAAGAGAUUAAACGUGACAACAAAUAUGGUUUACAUCAAUGGAAAUCAGAUCUUCCCGACCUAUUCUAAUGAAGACCUCAUGAUCACCAGCACUGGGGUAGAGUUACUGUUGAAGAUCCCUGCCAUUAAAGCAACAGUGAUGUUUAAGUCCAUUAUGUUCAGUGUAACCCUGCCAAACUCCCUAUUCCACAACAACACAGAGGGGCAGUGUGGUACCUGUGACAAUAACAGGAAAAACGAUUGCAGAUUACCGAAUGGACAGAUUGAUACAUCAUGUCCUGGGAUGGCUCAUGAAUGGAAGAUUCCUGAUGAUAAAAAACCCUACUGUGAACUGCAACCCCCUACCCCACCUACCCCUACGCCUCCACCCUGCCUGUCAGGGAAACACAGCAAUCUAUACAAUGACAAAUAUGUGCAUUCAUGUCAGGGAGCACAAAUGACCCGUGACUUUGUAUGUGACUCAUUCAUGGAGGGCUGUUUCUGCCCUGAGGGUACCGUCUUGUUCAACACAUUCUCUGACACCUGUGUUCGUGACUGUGGAUGUACAGGACCUGAUGGAAAACCCAAACGGUUUCAAGUCUCUGCUAACAGUGUUUGUUUUGUCCCAACACAGUUUGGUGAGACUUGGAACAGUAACUGCCAGAAGUGCACGUGUAAUGCUGACACACUGAGUGUCCAGUGUGAACCAGUGAACUGUCCGCCCCAAGAAAUUGUUACCUGUAAGAAGUACGGUGAGGUGUUGGUCAACGAGAUGGUGGACUGCUGUCAGAUAAAUAAAUGCGUACCCAAACCUGUUUGUGUCUACAAUAAUACUGAAUACAUGCUUGGUGAAAAUGUUCCCAGCAGCACCUGUGAGGAGUGCAAGUGUGGCCCUAAUAAGGAUCCAGUUUCCAAGCUGUAUGUUGUAGACUGUGUCCAAAUCAACUGUUCCACCACUUGCCAAACGGGUUAUGAGUAUGAAGUCGUACCUGAGAAAUGUUGUGGAACGUGUGUCCAGAAGGACUGUGUUGUAGUUCUCCCAGAUGCCACAUCUCACAUCAUUCAGCUUGGGAAGUUUUGGUCACCCCCUAGUGACCGCUGUGUGAAGUAUGACUGCUCAAAAACAAACAAACAGCUCAUCGUUGUGAAAUCCAAAUUGGAAUGCCCAGUGUUCCGUCCAGAGGACUGCGUCCCUGGAACUGAGAAAACUGAUGCAAGUGGAUGUUGCACAACCUGCACUUUACGUAGUCACUGUGAUGUGAAGAACACCAUCACCUACCUAGAGGUGAAUAACUGCAGGUCUACUGUGCCGGUGGAAAUCUCAGCCUGCGGGGGAUCCUGUGGAACGUCUUCUAUGUACUCUGCAGAGAAAAACACCUUGAUGCACUCCUGCUCCUGCUGUCAGGAGAUGUCUACCAGUGAGAGGAAGGUGGAGAUGCUCUGCCCUGACGGGAAGAAGAUCAUGCAGAACUACAUUUACAUUGAUAAGUGCGGCUGCCAUGACUCUGAGUGUGACAAGAAGAACCACGUAGAUUAGGAAUUGAAGAAUUAAGUCUUUUGAAAUGUUCUUAUUUACAUUAACUGCAUGGAAUAUUAAAUACUUUUAUCUAAAGGGAACCAAUAGGGGCUGUCUAAUUAUCAUAUAGGCUACUUUUCAUAAGGUGAAUGCACCAAUUUGUAAGUCGCUCUGGAUAAGAGCGUCUGCUAAAUGACUUAAAUGUAAUGUAAAUGUACUUUCAUGAACUGUAUGUCCUUUCUCUCUACACUAUCAUAGACAUUAUGCAAACGUAUUAAACUGAUGAAGAAGCAUGAA